AUGAAUGCUUUUGAAUAUUUCAUUGCGUGUGAAGUAUUCAAAGAGAUCUUAGAGUGUGUCCAGUAUUUACAUGAAUUGAAACCAUCGGUCAUUCAUCGGGAUCUCAAACCCGACAACAUAUUAAUUGAUCCCAACUAUAGGUCCAAUCGGUUUGUAAAACUGUGUGACUUUGGUUUAGCCACUGAUCACAACAUUGAUAGACAGACUGCCAGUGGAGACGAGCACUCAAUUGUGGGCACAACAAGAUAUAUGGCUCCCGAAGUGUGUAGCGGUAAAUACAGCCAUAAAUCGGACGUUUGGAGUCUCUAUGUUAUCGGUCAAGAGUUGUUUGGUAUCGAUCUUCAGACGUAA